UGAAAAGCAAAUUUUUAACUCUUGUGCAAAGUAGCGUUAUUUAAUUUAAAGAUAAGUAUAGUUACGAAUAUGCAGUGGAGUGAUUACGGUCCCCUUCUUGUUGGAGGGGUCAGCCUCUCGGUGGUAAAACAUUUGUGCCUUAAAUACGUAACAUGGAGGCAUAAAGUGAACUCAAAAGAGGUUGCAACUAUAGACGCAAUAUAUUUCUAUCCGUUCAAGUCACUAAAAGGGAUAAAGGUGGAGGAAUGUGACGUAACACACGCGGCAUUGAGAUAUAAGGGGGUAUUGGACAGGAGUUUUAUGAUUGUCGACGAUAAUGAUAAAAUCAUAACAAACAAAGAACAACCUACUCUCUGUCUUGUGACACCCAGCAUUCUUGAUGAUAAGCUUUGGCUACACGCAGAGGGCAUGGCUGAUGUAUGCCUACCUCUGAAACAAGAGCUUGCCAAACAUAGUUCCAUUAGAACAAUACCAAACUACUUUGUGGACAACAUAGGAAUGGAUUGUGGAGAUACUGUAGCGAAUUGGUUUAAUGAAUAUCUGAACAAAACCAACUUGCGGGUGAUCUACUUCUAUGAACAAGAGGUGUUUAUUCAACGAGAUAUAAUUGGAUUCAGAUCAUAUGUUGAACAAUAUUCGAAACCUUGGGAUAUGGCCACCUUCAAUGAUUGUUUUCCUAUCAGUAUGGUAUCUCAAGAGUCAAUUCUUGAUCUAAACAAAAGAUUAGAUGAAGAAGACAAAGUAACUCACGCCAAUUUUAGAAUGAAUUUGAUGGUAAAGGGAUGUGAGCCAUAUGCGGAAGACUUUUGGGAUGUUUUCUACAUAGGAGAUCAGACAAAGAUACAUUUGUGUUCUGUCUGUCCAAGAUGUAUAGCACCAAAUGUGAAUUCUACAACAGGAGCUCGCAACAAUAACUUUCAACCAGGGAAAAAGUUGCUACAAUAUAGACAAGCUACGCAAUUUAAGGCAACGCUGCAUGACGAGGCCAAAAUAAUGGCUGAUUUGCCAGCAUUGGGGACAUUUUGUGGUGUAGAUGUGUGUGGCACCAUUAAAGUUGGGGACAUUAUCACAGCAUAGAAACUGCUGUCGUAAAUUCACUUAUAAAAGCGUUAUUCCAUCAGUCAAUAUAUUUAUCGUAAUCAAUCCACUCGCGCCCGAUAUUCUUGGGCAUUAAAUCAAUUGUAAAUAACAAUUGAUAGUGAUUCUCUGGACUAUAUUAGUUAAAAUAAAUGAUUAUAUUGCUAUUGUGAUGUCAUAAUAGUCAGAUUUUGACUAUUUUUUAAAUUUUAAGGAAUACAUAUAAAUAGAAUUAUAUCUUUACUCAAGGAAAAUAUUUAACGCAUUUGGAC